AUGUUGUUUACUAAGAAUAUAACAUCACAGAGCAUAAGACUAGCGUCUUCAUUAAUUCGCUUCAACUCAACCACAUCAUCCCAAGCUCCAUUAGAUGCUUCAAAAUUAAUUAUUGAAAAAACCACUAAUCCCAAAUCAAAAUUAUCAAAAGAUAAAUUAAUAUUUGGUAAAACAUUUACUGAUCAUAUGUUAGAAAUAGAUUGGGAUUCUCAAACUGGAUGGGGUACUCCUAAAAUUUCACCUUAUCAUAAUUUUUCAUUAGAUCCUUCAAGUGUUGUUUUUCAUUAUGGAUUUGAAUUAUUUGAAGGUAUGAAAGCAUAUAAAGAUUCUAAAGGUCAAGUAAGAACUUUUAGAGGUAAUAAAAAUAUGAUAAGAAUGAAUAAAUCAGCUGAAAGAAUAACUUUACCAACAUUUGAAGGAGAAGAAUUACAAAAAUUGAUUGAUAAAUUAUUAAUUUUAGAUCAUGAAUUUAUACCUGAGGGAAAGGGUUAUUCAUUAUAUAUUAGACCAACAAUGAUUGGAACUGAUGCAUUUUUAGGUGUUGGAACACCAAAUAAAGCUAAAAUUUUUACUAUAUGUAGUCCAGUUGGACCAUAUUAUAAAAAUGGGUUUAAACCAGUAUCAUUAGAAGCAACAGAUUAUGCAGUUAGAGCUUGGCCAGGAGGAGUUGGUGAUAAAAAAUUAGGUGCAAAUUAUGCUCCUUGUAUAUUACCACAAAAUGAAGCAGCAAAAAGAGGAUUUGAUCAAAAUUUAUGGUUAUUUGGAAAAGAAGGAUAUAUAACAGAAGUCGGUACAAUGAAUGUAUUUUUUGUUUUUAAAAAUCCAAAAUCUGGUAAAAAGGAAUUAACUACUCAUCCAUUAGAUGGUACAAUAUUAGAAGGUGUUACAAGAGAUUCAAUAUUAGAAUUAGCAAAGGAAAGAUUACCUUCUAAUGAAUGGGAUAUAACUGAACGUAAAUUUACAAUACAUGAUGUUCAAAAAGCAGCAAAAGAAGGGAAUUUAAUAGAAGCUUUUGGAGCAGGUACUGCAGCUGUUGUAUCGCCAAUAAAACAUAUUGGUUAUAAAGGUGAAGAUAUUAAUAUUCCUGUUAUUUUAGGAAAUUCAGGUGAAUUAGCUGCACAAAUUGCUGAUUGGAUAAGUAAGAUUCAAUAUGGUGAAGAAGAAUAUAAAGAUUGGUCAAGAGUUGCAAAAUAA